UGUGUGUGUGUGUGUGUGUGUGUGUGUGAGUGCAGUACAGUGAAGGUGUCCCCGGGAGGCCACAGUCGACUGGCAUUCUGGAGCACUACAGUAAUUAAUGUGCCUGUGGCGUAUUGCUACACAAGCAACCAAAGCACACAGCGCACAGGGGCAGUAUCUGUGUGUGUGUGUGUGUGUGUGUGUGUGAUGAAUGGCCUUGCGUCUUUCUUGCCAGUCUUAUUAACAGUGACUACAGGUGUAGGUUACAGAGGUCACUUGUGUCUAUAUUUGUUGGAACAGACACAAUUAUUGAAUUUGGAUAAAACCAGAGGCGGGUACAUUAUCUCUCAUCUGAUUUCUGAAAGCAUAGUUCAUGAACUCGUCAGCUGCCAACUUCCACUUGUAAAAUGAGCUCAGUUUAGAUGUGUGAUAGACUUCAAAUGAGGCAAAUAUAGCUACCAUCCACUUUUGUCUUGUAAAACUAUUAAAGGGGGCUGGAGCUAUAUUUUCUUCAGAGACUACAGAUGAUACUGAAGAAGUUAGAAUACAACAAAUGCGUAUGAUUUAUACUAUUUGUGUUUAAACACCUUGUCUAUUUGAAACAUAAAACAUCUCUCUCCUGUACUUAUCUCACCAGUUCCACUUGUGCUAUUGUAUGCUUUUUCUUUUUGUAUUCUUCCUCCAUUGUUCGGCUGCUGCUAAGAACGGCACUAACAGCGAGACAGACAUUAUCAGGCCCGUACACAUUUGCACUUUCCUUAGGAUCAUCUUCGGUGUUUGAUUAGUGUCGCUGUUGUACAAUGCAGCCCGACUCUCGUCACCUAUUUCUGUCCUCCUAACUGUCGGUGAUAAACCCAGCCGUCCUCCUGAAGGGCCACACUGUCUGCUUGAGUGAUGGCCCAGGUUUAUCAGUGGUGCAACGACUGAAGCAAAAACCUGGGAUCUGUGGUAGUGGUGCCAUCUGUCUGUCUGUGUGUGUUGAUGGCAGAAUGAAGAGGCAUUGGAUAGAACCAGGCAGGUAAACAGAAGAGCCUUAAUACUACUUCAGGCCCCCGAGGCUACGGACAUUUCUGAUGCCCUCCUCUUCCUUCACAACAUGCUACAGCAAUACUAAUUCAGAACCCUCCGUCAAUGGACAGCGACAAAUAGUGCCCUCUUAAUUUGUAAGCAGAAUAUGAAUGAAUGCAUCAAUGUAAGACAAUAUGCCAACGAUAAGUCAAGACAAAGUUUAGAGAAGGCCAAAAUCAUAUUAUUCCUUUCAGUUUGCUGAAAGGCGUUUCCUGAAUCUUCUUUUGUUUGGUUACAAAAUAUUGGAUCUUUUGAAGUGUAGGUUUGCAAAUAUUGAGCAGCUUUAUCGGCUCUACUGAAUCUGUCUUAGAUAUAGUUUCCUGUGAGCUCAAGACAGAGAUGGAAGGAAAUGAGGAAAUUGUGCAUUACUGAUUACAAUACUGAUUCUAUAAAACCCAGUUCAACAUCGAAACAACUUUGGUGACCAUCUUUUCUCACUCUGUGUGUAAAGCUUGACUCCCUCUAUGCCAUUAGUGAGAACAUCAACGUCAGUAAACUGGAAAACAAAUAUUUUUAUCUCUACAGUAUUCCUUUGUAAGCAGACUGCUAUUUAAGCCGACUGCUAUUUAAGCCAAAGUCAAUAUAUUGGUAUUGAUCCAUGAACUAUCUAUAUUCUAGUUUCGGUACGUAAUCACAAAAAUAGCUUUCUUCCACAUGUCAUCAAUCUCUGAAUUAAAUAUCAUUUUUCUUUGCAGUGGUGACUUCAUUGAUUAGGUAUUUGUAGCUGUAAAUAUAUAGUACUCUCUAAAGGUGCCUGAUUCCACACGACAUUCUGUGUUUGCUGCUCGGUAGUAAUCUGAAGGGCAGAGGAAGAGACCGUGGUCAUGCAUCUAUACAGACUCUAUGGAUAGUGCUGGAUUGUACUAGUAUGCGAGGACAUUUUCUGAUUCACAACUAUUAGCUCUACAAUAAAUUAAACACAUUUGCAUGUUACAGUGAUGUCGGUCAAAGAUCAAAGAGUAACACGCUAAUUGAAUGUCAAUAGAUCAACAUCAAAAAGUGUGAUUAAAUCAUUGAUUUAAGUCCUGAAGCUCUGUAGAGACAGUGUCUAAAACGUUUUCUGAAUCUGCUGCUCUCGAUAGCCUGUCCACUUGCUCCCUCUAGUGUUCAAAGUUAAGCAUAGUCACUUGAGUGCACUAACCCUCACAAGUACCUACUGUAAGCUCGUUGUUUAGUAGUCUAUCAUUACGUAUACCGACUGCAGCAAAACAUCUGUCAUAAAGAGAUACUCUACAUUUAAUAACAUGCCUUACAUGAUUGCAGUAAUACGACAUUGAGCUGUACAAGCAAGCCAAGAGACCACACUCCAUGCGUUGUAUUGACAGUAAUAUAUGCUCAGAUGCGGAUAAAUAGCAUGCCAUAUUUGGUCAAUUUCAGAAUUAACUGGACGAUUUGAGAGGGAAAAAUAAGGCAGAAGAAGAAAGAAUUGUCUUCGUAUAAACACAUUACCUAAUGCAUGUUGUCUCAGUUGAUUGUACAUCGAUAUGUUCCUCGGUCCAAAGUGGACCGGCCUGUAUAACCAGUUUAGUCGACGCAUUAUCGGAUCAUUUUACAGCAUUUUUUUGUAAUAUGAGAGCCAAGUCUUCUCUGCCCCAAGAAGGAAGUACAAGCUCAGCCUGCAUUUUCGAUCACUUUUCUUCAGCCCACGCAGCGAUAUACAGUAAACACACGCCCGUGUUUUGCCGGAUCAACAAGACCUCUAAAUGAAUGUUUAAUGAGCAUUUUAGAAAAGUCAUAAUGGCAUGUCGCUAAUGUCCUGUAAUGAUCUUGCUGUUGAUGGCCACGCCUCGAUGCUUUAGUCUCCCGCUACGCCUCUGACAGUUGUCUGACAGUGGUUUGAACUUUGCUGGAUGUAGACUCGCCUUCACUUCACCACCCAAAAGGACUGCAAGUAUCCCAUUCACCGCUUCGGCUUCGCUGUAGACAAUCAUGAGUUUCCCGUUGAGAAAAGCUGUUUCAGGUAGGCUGCCGUUUUCUCUUUGAAUGCACGCUGCACUUGUUUUUACUUCAUAUUUAUAGUGUGUGUUUUUGAGAAAAGGCUUCCAAAGUGGUCGUAAGUAUAAAUGUAGUUGAUGUUUUUUUUUUAUUAUUCUAUUGAUACAGUAGUGAUUUUCUUGGAACUGCUCAGUUAACCGCCUUGGAGCUGUCCGUGGUGCUGAAGUGGCUUUAGUUUGAGCUCUUUAUCUCUUCCCUGUUUUGCUCUGGAGUGUUGACGCCGUUUGGUUAGAGGCUUUAUGUCUUUUCUUGUUUGAGCUUUAUAUUUUAUUUGUUUAGUUUUAAAGAGCUCUUUCCUAUAUUUACUUAUAUUUCGCAAAGAUUCAGACUAAGCGACGCCUCAUAUUUAAUCAGCGCAAAAGUACAUCAUCUUGAGGUGUGUUCCUGCAGUUUAUUGGUAAUAAGGAGAAAUAAAUAAAAACAACUACGACAGUUUGGCUUGACGACUGUAGAUGGCACUAUUGGCUAGGCUGUUAGCUGGGCUCAGUCCAGGACUGAGGCAAAGCACAAGCGAUGAGGCAGUCAUUGGUGGAGAUACUUUUGCUCUGGAGUUUAAAACAGCACUACAAGACCACUCUCUCUUUUAAGUUGGCCUUCUCAUUAUGUAAAUUCAUAAUUUGUCAGUAGCAGCCCAUUAACAAUGCAGCCUCUAGGGAUAGGAGUCUUAAUGGUGGAAUCGCAUUGGGUAUUAAGAUGUUGCAGGGAAAUAAUUAUUAUGAGUUAUAUGUGAAUUUAUGAUGCCGUAUAUCUAUCCACCGGCUAGAGGCUGUUUCUGGUAUUUGCUCCCACUAAAUUCCUGCUGGUUCCACUUUACUCAUCUUGCAUUAAUGUCUGAUGAUGGCUACACGCUGUUUCAUCCCUCGCAGUUAUCUGCACGCUGAUACGGGCAAUUGAAUAAGAUUAAUAACAUUUUUAAAUCAUCUUUGACGGCUGGACGUUCACACAAGUUAGACACAUGGGAUUCAUCUUUUGAAAUUCGUAACAGCCAAACCGACCGAGCUGUACCAGUAGUUCUUUACGUUUUCCGUGAUUAUCUGUCCACUCUUGUCUGAUAAAAUAUAGAAAAUAAAAAAUAUCGGAGGUGAUCCCUCCUCUCUCUUUCUCCAUCUCGUCCUCCUGUUUGCCAACUCCCCGCCCCCACCUCUUGAUAUGCACCAUGAAUUAUCCCCAUAUGACGGCCUGUAUGGAGUAGUUCUCCUCUGUGCACAUUAACUGAGUUUGUGGCUCACUAGUUAGACUCCCUGCGCCCUCCCUCCUCCCCACCGGUUGUCGGUGGGAUGCUUUGCGCUUUGCUCGGAUAUACUGCACCCAGAAUGAUGCGCCUGCUGCCGCCGCCGUUGCCUUACGUUGACCCGCUUCAACAAAAGAGAGAGAACAAAAUAAAUGGAAUCUCUUAAGUGAUUCGUUCACAUCCUCGGCGUUGCCUUUCUAAAACUCGGUGUUAAGUCUCUGUGACAGGCAGCAGCCUCAGUGAGGGAUUAGAGAAAGAGAGGAGAGAGCACUGCAAACACUCCCGCUUUCUGCAAACAGGUGUUUCCAUCCUUUGGCUGCGCGCUGAGGUUCAUUCACGACCACCUGCCUAUCCGAGCACCAUGUGCGCGGCCAUGUAGUUUAGGAGGGACGAUGGGAACCCGCUCACGGAGACCGGGGUGGUGCGUUUUUGUUGUGGUGCAGAGAAAAUGAUAGAGUUGGAGAAACAUGCGACGCGCUGGGAGGAAAGUAUUCGUGCAGCUUCACAGUGGAGCGUGUGGGUUUAAUGUGUUGUUAAGUUUGACUUUUUUUUCUCCCUCGGAGACACAACGGACAAUUCCUGAAUAACGCCCAAAUUCGCGAAAAAAAAAAAAGAUUAUUAGGACAUUGUCUAGCUGGCUUUACCGCACCACUGGGACUAUUUUACCGUCUACUCGUCAAGAGUCCACUUGGCAAACACUUUUGUUAUUUGACGAAUAACUGCCGAUUGUUACCACCGCGUCUUGGACGCGUGCCUUUCGGAAUCGAGUUUUUUUCUUCUGGGUGAUCAUUUUCACGCUUCUGCUGAAGUCGUCUCCAGCGCGCAGCCAAACUGGCGAUGGCUGCAGCGAUCGCCAGCUCCCUCAUACGGCAGAAAAGGCAGGCGAGGGAGCGGGAGAAGUCGAAUGCCUGCCGCUGCGUCAGCAGCCCCGCUAAAGUCAAGGGGACCUGUGAAAAACCCAACCGACUGAACGUUUUCUCCCGGGUCAAACUCUUCGGCUCCAAGAAGAGGCGAAGGAGACGACCAGAGCCCCAGCUAAAGGGGAUCGUGACUAAGCUGUACAGUCGACAAGGUUUCCACCUGCAGCUGCAGGCGGAUGGAACCAUUGAUGGAACGAAGGAGGAGGACAAUGGCUACACCAUAUUCAACCUUAUUCCAGUGGGGCUGCGAGUGGUGGCCAUCCAGGGGGUGCAAACCAAACUCUACCUGGCUAUGAACAGUGAGGGGUACCUGUACACAUCAGAACACUUUACGCCAGAGUGCAAAUUCAAGGAGUCGGUGUUCGAGAACUAUUACGUGACAUACUCCUCCAUGAUAUACCGGCAGCAGCAGUCGGGCAGGGGCUGGUACCUCGGUCUGAACAAGGAAGGAGAAAUCAUGAAGGGCAACCAUGUCAAGAAGAACAAGCCAGCAGCCCACUUCCUUCCCAAACCUCUAAAAGUGGCAAUGUACAGAGAGCCAUCCCUCCAUGACUUGACAGAGUUCUCCCGGUCCGGCAGCGGCACGCCCACCAAGAGUCGGAGUGCCUCCGCUGUGCUUAACGGAGGCAAAGCCGUGAGCCAGAACGAGUCGACGUAGCCCGGCAGCCGAAAACCCCGGGGCCGAACCACGAAAACCUUACCUCCAGCAGAGCACGAACACAAGCAGACUCAUCUCACCGAUCGGCGGUUCAGGACUAGCUACGACAACAAAACCACACUCAAAUACGCAGACAACAUCAAUAACAAACACUUAGGUACCAUCCUGGUCAAUCAUCAUCAAAAAGAUCAUCAAUAGCAAGAAGGUUAACAGCACAGAAACCAUUCUGAACGUUACAACAAAAAAUGUACAUUUUUGCUUUGGUUUAUCCAUUACCUUGAUCACUCUUUUGGUGAUGAUCGCAUACCAGUUAGCUCAUCUUUAUCUUGUUUGAUUUUUCUUAACUUCCUUUGGUCAUUUAGACACCAAGCACUCGUGCAUCUGUCGAGACAGGGACAGGAAGUUAGACAUGUUGGCGUUCGGGGCUGCCAGUGAUAGUGCUGGUCUACGAGCCCUGAUCUCUGUCUCAUCCAUGCUUCUGUGAAUACAAAGCCUAUAAACUCCCUGGUGUGGCCCAGCCUGGCGCUGCCGGGACUGUGGCCAGCCGGACGGUAGCUCUCCUGCGUCCUAGUGCACACGCUCAGAGACUGAGCUCAUGGGAAAAUGAAGCCUAUGUUCAGCCGACCUGAAAUAUAAAAAGGGACAGUGUGUGGCUCUCUUGCAGUUUUUCUUUUGUUUUCAGAAAUGCCACAGCUGCACCUUGGGUUUUUUGCUAUUUUUCUGAAUUAGCCAAGAGCUUUUUAUUUGAUAACUGGUUUUUGUCCCCUCUUCUCUUCCCUCACCAUCGUUCAGUAUUUGUAUUUUUGUUGCCGUUACAUCACAGAAAGGGGUUCCAGCAAACCAAAGACAGAACGAAAGAGUGUCCCUUUAAGCCGCUGAAAACCAAGCCAGUAUAAAGACUGGACAUUUUGUUUUUUUUCAUUGUACAUUUUUAUUGAAAGAAAGCAAAGGUUUGUGGGGGGAAAAAAGGAACAAUGGACAAAGCAAGUGAUUUUAAACACUUUGGAGGUGGCAGCGUACUUGAUGUGUGCUCGAUGGCCGAGAAUUGAAACGACUAUUCUGUGUUCCCAUUCCCUUCUGUUACCACUGUGUCACAACGUCUCUGUCCUUUGUCCUCGUGAUCCGUCUCCUCCCUCUGUGCUUGUGUGUCAUACUUCGACUCCCCCACCUCCCUUUUUGUCGACAUCUAUUGACCGAUACCAUUCACCAUAGGAAUAUGGUGCAAGCCCCUUCCCAGGAUGCUCGUUAUGUGUUUGAGUAACUUAUUGUGGUGACAAUAUUUUCUAUAUUUAAAAAAAAAAAAAGAAUGCUGUGGGCUUUUAGGUGGCUUAACAUUUUAUAGGACACGUCAUAUUUGUAAAAGUGGAAAAAAAAAAAAAAAAAGGAAAAACAACAUACAAAAAUGAACACCUUCCCUUUCUUGCACAGGGCAUGUACAAACACAAUCAUGUACAAAAAGGACCCCUUUUUGUGGGCUAGGUACUCUUCCGUUCAGCUACAUAACUUCUUUCUGGUACAUGCUUCUGGGAGGCUUUCUUUUCUUAGGUUCCUCCAGAGGUGGUUUGUAUUAGGUGAAACUAUCUGUUGCAUGGGAGAAAGCAGGGAAAUUCUGGUAUAGAGCUGCAUGAUGUAGGCUAUGUGUAUUAACCCAUGUUGGAUCAUGUGUUCCAAACUACCAGGCUAAAGCUGAUAAAAACAACAUUUUACAGGCAGGCGUUGUGGCUGCCUGGUAACUUCCAGUUGUUUAUUAUUUGUUGUAUACACAAAAAUGCACUGAAUAAAAUGUUUAUAUUAAGAUAUAAUUUUAAAA